ACAAGCUGAACGCGUGUUCGGCAGUUAGUUUGUUGGAAGAAAAAAGUCUAUGUAAAUCUUGUUUGUGUGUGUUUGGAUUGCUUUUUUGUGUGAAAAAAUAAAUAUGUUUUGAAAACUUUCUAAUUGAUUCAUCUUCAUUCCAACGGAAUUCAUGCAUACAUACAUAUGCAUAUAUUGCAAAACAAAAACUUACACCGAAAUCCCAUUUAAAUGCACGAUUCAACAACAUUGGCCCACUACUAUUUCAACUCUAGCUCAGAGUCAACGGCAACUGGGAACCCAGUGGUACAAAAUAUUUAUACAUGCGAUCAUUUAUAAUUAUUGAUAACUACAAAGAAGCGCAAAAAAUGAUACAAAAUUAACAAAAAAAAAAAAAAAAAGACGGUGACAACAACAACAUAACGUUGGAAGCAGACAACAGAAUCGUGUGUGGAUUUAAAGUAGAAGGGAGUUAACCGCUACCUCACAACCCAACCGAUCAACAGUUUAAGCGUGGACUCUCACCGGAUAACUUGUCAAGACGAAAGUUUGGCCUGAAAUGAAAUUAUAAAAAUACGUAUUUUGCAAUUCGAAAAAAAAAAAAACAAAAUUAAAAAAAAAUAUAUAUAUAUAUUGUGACAAUGUUUUAAUAAAAACGAAUUAAUUGCUUUAGACAAAAAAGCCUUAAGAAAAAAUAAAAAAGCAAAACAAAAGAAAAGUGUAAUCACCUGUAACAAAUAACAACAAAACUGUAUAUAAAAAUAUUCCAUCAAAAUGGUCGAAUCAUCCAUUACAUCGACAUUGUCUCGUCUCAAACAAUUGGAUUGGCAGAAAUGUUUCUACAUGUUUCACGUGGAGCCGAUUGUUUUCCUGUUGGUCUUCUCCCACAGUCUGUCAGGUACCAUUAUGCGAAAUGAAAUUAUUUAUCAGGCUUGUACAGCUGUAUUCGAAUACAACGAUACCGAUUGUCAACAGCUGGGCACAAAAAAUGUUACCGACUAUUUACAGGAAAUUGAAACGGAGGUCCAACCGUACGUGGCAAAUUUGUUUAUGAUCCGAACACUGUUGGAGAGUAUUGUACCGGCAUUUUGCGGUGUCUUCAUUGGCUCAUGGUCAGAUCAUUAUGGUCGUAAACCAUUGUUGUUAAUAUCAAUGAUCGGAUUUUCGGGCACCUACAUUAUUGCGGCCAUUAUACGUGAGCUGUCUCUACACUAUAUCGUCAAUCCAUGGUAUUAUGUCUUGGCUGUUGUACCCCACUCCAUACUGGGUGGUAAUUGUGUAUUUUCUGUGGCCGCUUUCUGUUACAUAUCCGAUGUUACCGAUACCAAGACAAGACCCUAUAGAAUGAUAAUACUGGAAGCAUUUCUAUCAAUUGGUCUAAUGGUGGGUUCCCUGCUCUCCAGUCACAUUUACGAGGCUACAAAUGCAACAUUUACAUUCUCCAUAUCUGCCAUACUGAUGUGUCUAACCACAGCGUAUAUUGCAAUUUAUGUACCUGAAAGUUUAAAUAGUGAGGCUAUUAAAUCUAAACCUGCAUCAGAAGAUGUCACAAAAGAUGUGGCGGUCAAAUGUAAUGAAAUGCCCAUGAAUUGCAGUAUCAUAACUGAAAGCUUGGGCAAAACAGAAACAAAAUCACCGGAGAAGCCGGCUAAAAUUGAGGAUACUUUCCAUGAUGUUGAUUUAAAUGGCAAUGAUGAGAAGCAGGACAAAUCCAAGGAAAAUGAAGAAAAUAACAAAAAUGAUUUGAAUAAAAAGAUAAGCAAAGAAGAGGAGCAACAAAAUGAUUACAAUAAAGCCAAGUCGGCGGGUCUCUUCAGUUACAUUCACAUCAAGGAGAUGUGGACAACGUGUUUCAGGGAACGACCAUUUUAUGAUCGUUGUAUCAUCUUGUUGGUAACCGGUGCCAUGUUUUUGGCAAUCUUCGUUUUAGAUGGUGCCAUGACAGUAUUUUAUUUGUUUGUUCGGGAGAAAUUCCAAUGGACCGUCAGAGAUUUUACCUACUAUGAGACAAUAAGUCAUGUGACAUCAAUGUUUGGUGCCUUGGUGGGAUUUUUAAUUUUAAGAAAGGUUUUCCGGAUGUCUGUUGUAACAUUGGCUCUCUUGGCAUUUCUGAGUGAUACUUUCCGCAGUGUCAUACAAGGUAUGGCAUAUGCUCCUUGGCAUUUAUAUUUGGCUAUUGCAGCGGGUUCCUUGAAAGCGGUCGGAGGCCCCAUGUGUCGUACAAUUGUUUCGAAUAUUGUUCCCGCCACAGAUUUGGGUAAAAUAUUCUCUAUCAAGAACAUCCUUCAGUCCCUGGCUCCCUUCGUUGCUGCUCCCCUGUAUACUGUGAUCUAUAAGGCUUCGUUAACCACAUUCCCUGGUCUGUUUAAUGUUGUCAGUGCGGCUUUAUACUUUAUAGCAUUUAUAUUUAUAUUAGUGGUUUUCCGUUUUAAGGUUACCUAUAAGGAUCACUAUGGCAAAAUGUUAAAAUAAAUGCAGUUUGUAAAUAAUGAAUUUGUUGUAAAUAUUAUUGUAAUAUUUAUUUUAUAUCAGUUGUUAUAAUUUUAAUGUAUAUAUAAUA